GUGAGGGCAGUUUGUUUACCUCUCUCUUCCAAUGCAUUACAGCUCUACAAACUUCAAGUCCAGGUUAUCUCUAGCUUUUCAGCUUAAAGUACAGCUUUAUCUGUACUAAAGGAUAUUCUUAACAAGAGGACUAGAAGGCAGCCUCAAGUCAGCGCAGUCAUCAUGGCAGAUAACGAGGAGAGAAAUACAAAGAAGGCCAAGAAUAAUAGGCCAAGUUGCUUGGGAUAUCCUAUCAGUAUAUUUUUCAUUGUGGUGAAUGAGUUCUGUGAGCGAUUCUCCUACUAUGGCAUGAAAGCGGUGCUGGUGCUGUACUUCAAGUAUUUUAUCGGUUGGGACAAUGAUUUGUCCACCACCAUCUACCACACGUUCGUGGCUCUGUGCUACCUAACACCUAUCCUGGGGGCCAUCAUUGCAGACUCAUGGCUGGGCAAGUUCAAGACUAUCGUGUAUCUGUCUGUAGUGUACACCAUCGGACAGGUGAUCAUGGCAAUCAGUGCCAUCCACGACAUCACAGAUACAGACAGAGAUGGUAAACCUGACAACAUGACCUUCCAUACUGCCAUGUCCAUGUUGGGACUCAUCCUCAUUGCUUUGGGAACUGGAGGUAUUAAACCCUGUGUGGCAGCGUUUGGAGGAGAUCAGUUUGAAGAACAUCAGGAAAAGCAAAGAAGUUCUUUCUUUUCCAUAUUUUAUCUGUCCAUUAACGCUGGCAGUCUUCUCUCCACUCUCAUCACACCCAUCCUGAGAGCUCAAGAGUGUGGUAUCUACUCAAAGCAAAGUUGUUUCCCGCUGGCUUUUGGGGUCCCUGCAGCUCUCAUGGUGGUUGCCCUCAUUGUGUUCAUCGCAGGCCACAGCAUGUACAUUAUUGAAUCCCCCAAAGGCAACAUCCUGCUGCGAGUCAUGAAAUGCAUUGGAUUUGCAGUUAAGAACCGUUUCAGUCACCGCAGUAAGCAACACCCCAAGAGAGAGCACUGGAUGGACUGGGCGGAAGAGAAAUAUGAUAAACUCCUGAUCGCUCAGGUGAAGAUGGUGUUGAAGGUUCUGUUCCUCUAUAUCCCUCUGCCAAUGUUCUGGGCCUUAUUUGACCAGCAGGGCUCCCGUUGGACUCUUCAGGCCACCACUAUGGAUGGUAACUUUGGAGCUUUUAUAAUUCAGCCAGAUCAGAUGCAGAUUGUGAACCCCAUGCUGAUUGUGAUAAUGGUGCCAAUAAUGGACUCUGCAGUGUAUCCACUUAUCAAGAAGUGUGGUAUAAACUUCACGCCCCUACGGAGGAUGACUGUUGGUAUGAUGCUGGCCGCGUUAGCAUUUGUGGCUGCUGCUCUUUUGCAGAUUCAAAUUGACCGAACAAUCCCCAACUUCCCAUCAAGCUCUCAAACCCAGGUGAAGUUCCUGAACUUGGGGGACACAUCAGUGCCUGUUGUAGUGGGGGAUCAAGAACCGUUUGCUGUUCCUGGUUUUAAUUCCUCUAAUGAAUAUAUGACACUGGACACUGAGAACGUUACAGUCUCUGCUGGAGGAAGAAACGCUACAGCUUAUCUCCAGAAGGAAACAAGGCACACGGUUUUGAUAAAUGCUGAUGGAAUGCUACAGACUCUCAAUGACAUAACUGAGAAACCCAAUCAAGGCAUGAAUGCGAUCAGGUUUGUGAAUGGCUUUAGAUCUAAUCUGAAUUUCACAAUAAAGUCUGAUAAUCUGGGUCCCAUCGCUCCCUUACAAGCAUCAGGCUACCUCAAUGUUACUCACGGCAAAGCCAAUUUUACUAUUGUGAACGGAGAAGGACAGACGUGCCACUAUAUCCUGCAGCUGGGCUUCGGAAGCUCCUACACAGUCCUGAUCCCAAGCACCUUUACUUUUGGAGAAUCUUGUACCGAGAACAUUAAACCAAUACAGGACAUUGAACCGAACGGCACCCACAUGGCCUGGCAGGUUAUUCAGUACUUUUUGAUGACCUGCGGAGAAGUGGUCUUCUCUGUCACUGGCCUGGACUUCUCCUAUUCACAGGCACCAAGCAAUAUGAAGUCAGUCCUCCAGGCUGGUUGGCUGUUGACUGUUGCUGUGGGGAACAUCAUUGUGCUCAUUGUGGCUGAGGCAGGCUCACUUCCAGAUCAGUGGGCAGAAUACGUGCUGUUCGCAUGUCUCCUGGUGGCCGUCAGUAUCAUCUUUGCAUUCAUGGCUUACUUCUACACCUACAUAGACCCGGCGGAAAUUGAGGCUAAAUGUAUGGAGCUUGAGCCAGAAGAUAAGAAAAAGAGCGAGCUUGAAAUGAUGACGAAAGACAAUUUGGCAUAUGUAAACAAUGAGAUGUCAAAUAACACAGACGCCAAACAGACGAAGAUCUAGACACAUGGCUUAUUUUUUCUCUUGAUCUGUGGUUUGAAAGUGCUGGUGUUCCCUUUACUAUUGACCGAAGAACUGAUUCACCAUUUGUUAUGCAGUAGCAAAAGUACAACACAAUCCUAAAUCAGCCCAAGAAAAGCAAAUUCUACCUGAAAUUGAAUGGUGUGUUUUGGGACGACAACCAUGGGCAGAAGGUUUGGUAGUUUCAUAGAGCAUGAUAUGGUUAAGAUCAGCGUUAAAGUGGCUGUGCGUUGGUGCCUUUGCAGGCGGGUUUUAUUUAUAAGUGUAGAUAAUCUGUGAACAUAAGUGUAUAAGUUACUAUCAAUAAAUAAAUAAAUACGUGAAAAAAGAGCAAGUGAUGCUCUUUUAUGGAAAAUGCAAUUUACCAUUCUCCUGAAAAACCAGUUUAAAUGGAAACUAAAGAGUGGAAGUACAUCAUCACACUACUAUUAAAUCUAUUUUGAAUGCCGAUUCUCUCUUGUACUUCAAGCAACACAGUCCUGUUUGUGUAAUUGUGGAUUGGAUCUUUCAGAAAAUAUUCUAAA